GUAUGUGUGUCUGUAUGCAUUUACAUUUGAAUGAUUUUGCUCGCUAUAUGGUGGAAAACAUUUGCAACGAACAAAAAUAAAAAGUAAAUGAAAAAAAAUCGAAAUUUGCUAAUUGUGCGAACUGGAAUAAACAUGGCGUUAAUAAUACGAGGAGCACAAAUAUCAAUGUGAAUACCAUAAUUGCAGUAAUAAUAAUAUGCAAAUGGCGGAUAGAGUCAUCUAUCGAGUACACGAAGUAUUCAAAAGAUGCUAAGAUGGCGGAUAGGAUAUCCCUAUCGAGUAUACGGAGUAUUCAAUAGAUGCAAAGUUUUGAAUCUAAAAUAUAUACAGAAUAUAGAGGCCAAGUUGUGCUCUAACAAUGAAUAAAUACCUCCUCGAUACACAAUCGUUUUUCAGAUAAAGCAGUUAGGAAUACUACGUUACAACCAAGUCAUUUGAGAUGCAUCCCAAUCGUGUUGAUCUUCCGAGUGGCAACGGCAACCAGCGCCGAAAUACAAAUGGCAAUGAUUGCAAUGCUACAGUUGCAGGAAAUGCAUGUGCCGGACGUAGAAAAUCGGUUAACUAUCAGCCACAGCUGUCGCUGAAGACGAACGGAGAUGAGCCAAUAAUUGGGUCGCCAGCUGGUCGCUUUAGUCCGCAUCCGAAUGAGAUAUUCCUGGCGCAGUCGGGCAAAUUAACCAUACCGUUAACCAAAUUUGAUGAUUCGCUAAUGAACGGCGGCUGCUUGCCACCGCCGUCGCCUGCUCCAAAUAGUGAUUGUUUGCCCUCUGGUAUUGGUCAGGCGCACGCCCACGCUCACGGCCACGGUCAUGGCCACGCCCACGCUCAAACCCAAUCGAAUUUUCAAACCAAAAUCGGCCUUAACAACCUGAACAGCAGCAAUCAGAUGCAGCAGCUGAAUCUGAACCACUUCCAACAGCAACAGGCCCACGCCCACGCUCAAGGCUACCCGUUGUCAUCCUCCAAUUCGACGUCGUCGCUGUGCACCAACAAUUCGGGCAGCACGCAAUCGCAGCCGGCGGAGAGCUCCACCGGCGGCAUCCAUAAGCAUGGCAAAUAUAGCCUGCAUCCACUGCAUCCACGUGCAAUGUCACCCAACUCAAAAUACCGCUUGGAGCGCUACAGAGAUCCGGCUCAAAAGGUGAAACUAAUCGAAACAAUGAAUCUAUUAUCGCCGGGACUUGGGCCCGCAACGGCGACGGCACCGCAAAGUGCGGCGGCGGCGACCUCGACACGUUAUUUUAUGCCAACCAAUCGGAACGUGGAAUGUGAUGCCUAUAACGGCUAUUUGGGUUCCACGGUGCACACACCGGUCAAACGGUAUGUCCCAACGCCGCCUCCAGCGGGUGAUAUAUACACGGAUUCAACCGGAACAACCGGAGCAACGACAUGUGCUGCCACGCCUCCGGUGUCAUCGCAGUACGUGAAUAUUCCGUACAAUUAUCGUGCCAAGUGCUGUCACAACAGUGAACACAUUGAAUCUGGGCCGGCUCAGGGUAGUUAUUCGAAGAGCGCACAAACCUAUAAUGUGCACAAUGUGCCAUCAUCAUCAUCAUCAGCCACAUCCACGUCCAACUCGAACCAACCAUGCCCAUGCCCGUCGCCUUCUCCUGCAUCAUCGGGCUCAACAAUAUCCGUAUCGUUUCCGGCACCAGCCGCUAGCAUCUGCCCGCCCAUUGUGAGCACAGGAAAGAACAUUGCAGCUUGCAACAAAUUGCGAUCGAAUGUCGAAAGUGCACGCAGCAGCAACCAAUCGGAUGAGGCCGAGUCCAUUAUAGUAAUACAGUCGGCGUUGGGUCAAAGUGAGGGCCAGCGGGGCCAGGGUGCAGCUCAGGUGCAGCUGCAGGGUCAGGACAUUGCCGGCACCUGCUUGCAUUGCAAUACCGUGCGCCGAACGACCGGUGUGCAUCAGACAACACAAACAACUGGCCCAAUCAGUCCCGUGCCGCUGGCAAUGCCAAUGGCAAUGCCCGUAACAUCAACGGAUCUGGCCAAGCUGAAGCAACAGCAGCAUGAUCAGGAAAUGAUGACACACGAAAUGAAUGCCAGCAACACAAUCGAGGCCUCCGAUCUGGCCAGCAGCACAAUGGCACAAUUCCAACGUCAGCAGCAGCAGCUAUAUCAGGUUGCCCAUCUGGCCAACUCGCCGCGCCUGCAGCAGCAGCAGCAGCAACAUCUCGUGCCGCAGCAACAACAUCAACAUCAACAACAACAACAACAACAACAACAACAGCAGCAGCAGCAGCAACAACAACAACAACAACAGCAGGCCCUUCGGUAUUCGUGCAAGAAACGCAUCAUAAUUUAUAUGCGACGCGAGGUGUCGCGUUUCUUUGGCGUAGAGUCCAGCACGGAGGCUGCAGACUAUGCCCUCUGGUAUGGACGCCACCGACGCCUGGCGAUUCGACGUUUUGGGCCAUUGAACGCCAGCUCGGAAUUGGACUAUAAUGUGCCCAUGGCAAUGGACAACAAUCGUGAUAAUGGCAACAACAAUGUGGAGGCAACUGGCAGCGGCUAUUAUGCGACAGAUCGGCCCGAUAUACUGCCUGCUCAGGAUGCCCAAAAUGUGGAUAUGGCACUGCAUGCCACCGGCAACUGCAGAUGGCGCAAAUGCUAUGCCGGCAACGACUUCGGUGCGGGCGAAUUUGUGGAGCGUAAGGCAUCGGUGGCUCACAUGCUGAUGACAGGUGUUAGCUACUUGAUAAGCAUGUUUAACGUGCGGCCGACAAAUCAAGGACGUGGCCAGCUUAGCAAGCGAUGCCAUCGGCAAUGGUCGCGCAGCUUUGCACCGGUCCAUGUGCACGGCAGGGGCGCCGAGUCCAUAGAUCAUGGGCAGGACAUGGACAUGGACGCUGAGUGCAGCAUGGGCAUUGCCAAUAGUCUGGCUGCACUGAUCGAAGACGAGGUCUUCUUCGAUAAUCCAUGCGAUGCCUCCUCAGGCUCGUCAGCAAAUGACGAUGGCGAAACAAACAAACAGCCGCACACAGAUACUGUGGGCUUGGCACUGGGCGGAGUCGGAGUCGAGGGUAGCGUUGGCGUCUAUAUGGCCGAGAGGCACCACAAUGGCUGGCGCACAUCGGCUCUCAAUAGCAACGGCAACGGUGGGGACAUGCAUUUGAUUGCCGAUUCACAUCAAGUACAUCAGGUGAACCAUAUACAUCAUAUGAGCGGCAACUCGGGGGGACAAAGUCAAUCCGUGCUGCGCACAUCCAAUUCGACAAACAAUUCGGCCAGCAGCAAUCGUGGCAACCGUAUAGCUGCCCAGUUGCUGGAUGGUGUUCUGGAGAACUCUAGACGCCCGCAGACGCGACACAUCAAAUACUUUUCGGUCAAUGAUCUGGACGAUCGUACGGACCAUCGACCAUUUUUCACAUACUGGAUAAAUACGGUGCAAAUUGUUGUCCUGUUUCUAUCGAUCAUUUGCUACGGCAUCGCACCAAUUGGUUUCGGUACCGAACAGAAGACCGGACAGGUGCUGGUGACCAGCCUGAGUCUACAGACGGUACAGCACAUCGAGCAGCGCAAUCUUUGGAUUGGUCCACGCAACAAUGACCUGGUCCAUAUGGGCGCAAAAUUCGCCGCGUGCAUGCGGCGAGACAUUAAGAUCAUGGAGGUGGUUGCCAAAACCAGAAGGCAGGAACGUGAGACGGCUUGCUGCAUACGCAAUGAUGACUCCGGUUGCGUUCAGAGCUCCCAGGCGGAUUGUUCCAUACGGGGUCUUUAUCCUACGAAAUCAAUAUCUACUUGGAAAAAAUGGUCUCCCGGUGAGUCGGGACCUGGUGGACGGAUUUCAGGAUCUGUGUGCGGCUUGGAUCCAAAAUUUUGCGAUGCACCCGCAUCCAUAGCGCCAUACGAGUGGCCCGAUGACAUCACAAAGUGGCCCAUUUGCCGGAAAACAAACUCAUUCUCCCAGCGCUACCGCUACAAAGAUCAUACGGCCGAGCAUAUGGUCUGCGAAGUAAUUGGCCAUCCCUGCUGUACGGGACUCUAUGGCGAAUGCCGAAUAACGACCCGCGAAUAUUGUGAUUUCGUUAAUGGAUAUUUUCAUGAAGAAGCUUCACUCUGUUCACAGAUAUCCUGUCUUAAUAACGUUUGUGGCAUGUUCCCAUUUAUCUCAGUGGAAAUUCCAGAUCAGAUUUAUAGACUUUUGACAUCGCUGUGCAUGCAUGCUGGAAUUUUGCAUUUGGCAAUUACGCUUAUAUUUCAGUAUUUAUUUCUUGCUGACUUGGAGAGAUUAAUUGGAACCUUGCGAACUGCCGUAGUAUAUAUUAUGUCGGGCUUGGCUGGAAAUCUUACCAGCGCAGUGCUAGUACCCCAUCGACCUGAGGUGGGACCCUCAGCCUCCCUCUGUGGGGUGGUAUCCUCGCUGGCUGCAUUGCUUAUAUGGAUGCAUUGGAAAAAUGUACAUAAGCCAUAUGUGGCAUUGUUCAAGCUAUUGCUUUUGUCCACAGUUCUAUUCGGGAUUGGCACAUUACCAUACCAGCUGAACUUCGCUGGCCUGCUGGCUGGGGUUGCUUGUGGCACGUUUUUAACAAUAUCGUUGGUACCGUUUGCCACAUUCACGAAAUACGGACGCAGAAAAAAGAUAAAUCUUAUUUGGACAUGCAUACUGUUUCAUCUGUUUGUAUACGCAACUUUAAUAACAACGUUUUACAUCUAUCCCAGCGAAUUUAGUACAUUUAGUUUUGUGGAUGAUAUAUUCGGUAGUAAUGGAAACAACGGCUACAUUAGUGCCACAAAUAGCAAUAUUGGCCACCACAAUGGCGAGGUAAGCAGCACUCCCCGCAGAUAUUCCCAGACACAAAAGCCUCAAUAUUAUUAUCACCAUCACUCGGAAGACAUAAUCAGGAAUGCGUUCCCCGAAGGCAACAGCAUCUCGCACAUAUAUCCGGAGACGCAACGGCAAAAAAAUAUCCAACUCUGGCAAGAAGGUCUUUACACCCGCUCAUUUCGCUACAAUUCAAACUAUACCGAUCGCAUUUAUAACAAUAUCGAAAAUGCAAUCGCUGACACAAAUGUUUUAAGCAACAAAGAUACUCCUCUGGACUCUUACGGGACUGGCCGAAUAUUGAACAAGAAAAACAACUCUCGGAUAAGUGAGAAAGCCGUCAAUGCGAUGCAACUUAAUCACAAAAAUAUCGAAAAUAUGAAUGAUACAAAUUUUAAGGGCCUAUGAAUCUUCCAUACUUAAUUAUUAACAUCAUUUAAAGCAACAAUAGCACAAUAAAUAAGUGCACAAAACUAUACAAAUGUACAUAAAUAUACAUAUAUAUAUACCCGUAAAAUAUUGCAUGUAUCGUGGUCAGUAUUUUCAA